CACCCUGUAGUGGUGUACGUCGUGGUGUUAUGAUGCCGCAUCGCUUCCAAUACGACGCCGAUUCGGUCGCCGCCGCUGUAGUCGUAGUGUCGCGUCUAGUGCUACUGCGUGGGUGCCUCAUCUCCAACUGCUGCACCGAUUUUCAUUCAGUGAAAUCCGCCGUCGUACACCGCAGAUCCUAAGGUUGCUCACAAGCAAAUAUACUGGUACUCAAUUCGAUAGUACUACUAAUCAGUGUGUGUUAGGUGGUCCAUUGGCGGAGUGACAGUGUCUGUAUAACAGGGAUUACUGACUGAGGUGCGAACAAGUGCGGAUUUACUACUUGCCUGUGGACCUAUAUUGGAGAUUAUUCGGAAAAUUAAUGUGAGUACUUCAUAAUCCUGAAAUCACGCAUUUUGCCAGAUGUUCCAUGGAGCUGGAGAUGAGGAGGGACCAGGGUGGAGUACCCCUUACGGGGCGCUUUUGGUGAGCGCCCCCGUUUGCGCGGCCGCCACAUGGCCGCAUCGCCCCCCCAUGGCAAUGGAGGGCAGCCGCAACCGCAGCCGAGACACGCCUACUCGAUCACCGCCCAUCCAGAAGCGCCUACGCCUCCACCACCUCCGCCGCCCCAUCACCAGCAACAGCGUCCACCAACUAGAGCGCGGCCCCCGCCGCCCGUCAUGAGCCAACACCAGCCGCCUACGAUUGCGCCGCUACCGCCUCUCAGGACCACGCCGCCGCAGCCGCUGUCAUCAACGCCCAUCGCCGCCUUCACCGGGUUGGGUCAAACCAACACGGCACAAGGAUCCGUUGUUACCUUAGCCGUUCCAAGGCCCGAGAAUGAACGCUCCACUAAUGAGUACGUGGAGGCGCCGUUCCGGAGUUCGGGUGGUAGCCUGCAUCAGCAGCACCACGGCCCCGCAGGCGCCACCGGCCAUCUCCAUCUGCCCCCGGCCCCGACGCGGCCUCAUCGACUGCCCCUGCAUUCAGCCGCCCCUUUGGCUGUCCCCGCUGUCACCAAGCAGCCUGCCUCCGCCUCGUUUAGCAAAGAACCGCCCCACGGCAGUACGACGACGGGGGAGUGCGCCGCUAGACCCUCUAUCGUUUGUCCCGAGUGCGGUAGAUGCAGAUGCGAAUCGUGUCAACUGCCUCGACCCCUGCCGCAGCGGUGGUGCUGUCGCGACUCGUGCCUGGUGUCAGCGGACAGCGUCAUCGACUACGCGUCGUGCCUGUGCUGCGUUAAGGGGCUCUUCUACCAUUGCGGCGACGCGGACAGCGGCGGCGAGAGCUGUGCGGACGAACCGUGCGGCUGCGCCGGUGAACGCCGAGCCGCGCGCUGGGCCUGCAUGGGGGCGCUCGCGUGCGCGCUGCCCUGCCUCUGGCUCUACUGGCCGCUGCAGGGGUGCAAGCGCGCCGUCGAAACUUGCUACGCCAGGCAUUCCAGGACGGGCUGCAGAUGCCGCCGGCCGACCGUGUUACACACGCCGCAGAAGAGACUGUUGGACUCCAGUCCGGACUUUUAAUAAGCGAACUACUAGUGCGCAUGCGCCCUUAAAACGGGUGCGGCUACUCGCCGAUGCCGCGUAACCGUGUGGAGGAACUAACGACAACUAAAGCUGGGUUUACAUUCGACCGUGUGCUCGGGACACCCUGUUAUGCGCUCGAGUGUGAACUGGGCUUGAUGUGAGAUUCGCUCGAUGCUGUUGCUAAAUUAUUUAAUUAGUGUUUCGUUUGAAUUGAUCGAAAAGAGAUAUUGUAGCUCGCUACGUGAGUUUUUACUUUAGUUCAUGAAUAAAGAUAUCGAUUCAAAAAACCAAAUUGCAUCUUUUGGUUCCAGCAACAAAGCAUUGCGUAGCUUGGCGACAACGUCGAGCAUUCCAAAUCUCGCUCUGCGAUAGCCCCGUAAUUUUAGGUAUAGCAAGAAUAAAUCUUCGAAACCAGGUUAGUUUCGAUUACGUACUUUCAUGAAUAUGUAUAUUCAAUUUCAAUAUUAGAAUAACUGAAUGGGCAAAAUGAAGGUUUUCGAAGAUGAAACCUAGUAUUACGAUGCUAUAUUUCUUCCGCAUUACGCGAAAUAGACGAGAAUACGUGUACCUACUAUUUUAACUUUACUAUAUUAAUUUAUUUUUUGUAAAUAAGUGUAAUUUUUAACUGUUCAUAAUGAUGAUAUUCCGUGCUUCUCUACUGAUUCGCCCUCCUAAGCGCCACAUGCCGCUAGGCCCCUCUGCAGGUGGUAUUUUUUUAUAUUUUUGUGGUCCAAUUUACAAUUGACAAACGAAUUUCUCAGAGACGAAGUGACAUCUAAAUGAUUUUGAGUCAGUUUCUGGUCUGAUGUACGUUAUGGGAAAUGAACAUUAUCCAUUGAUACAUCCAAAUAAAACCGUUCAAUAAAGUUAUCGUAACUGAUAGGAACGGAAAAUUGUUUUGUAUUUCACUAUAAACAUAAAUUAUUGUUUUUCAUUCACUAAGUUGAAUCGUAAUUAAUGCAAAAAUUCCUGCAUCUAUUAGGAUAUUUUGCAACAUACUUACAUAAACAAUAUGAAUGGCGUUCAUAAAUAAGUGUCGUAGGAUAGAUAAAUGUUCAAAGUUUAGCGCUAAGUAGUGUUGAUGGGUGAUUGGAUAUUCAUUUCCCAUGAUUUCAACCACUGGUAAAUUGGCCUUUAAAGAAAUGGUUUGCGAAAUUUACAAAUUAUUCCUAUGGUACCAAAUAUAUUGAAUGCUUACAUGGAUUCCUCCGAUUCACUUCUUGGAUGGACCAAACUACGUCACAAAUGUAUACUGAGACGACUCAAACGCAGUGAGUGAUAUGCAGAAAAAAAUUGAACAUACCUCAAUUGAUAAUAAUUUGAGUGAAAAUUGCCUUAAAGAUAACGUAACUAACCAUAGGUAACUUUUGUACCAAAUUUACUUAAGUAUUCAGGUACACACCCUUCGUUUAUCAGCAUAGACUAAUUUCAGGCAAUUUAUAUACCUCCGUCUACCAGAUAAAUUAUUCAAUCUAUUCUGAAUUUAUAUACAUCAUAUAAAUUGUACAUGCUCAUUCAAUAAUGAAUUCUUGUACCCAUCAGAUUAUUAAGGUCAGAUAUAUUUCUACUAGGAAGGAGUUAUAGAAUGUUUUAUCAUCGCCCGCGUCUGCUUGAACCCCGUUAAAGAUUCUUCCCAAAUAUGUUCCCAAGGCAUUCUACUGGUAACUGUUAUAAUAAAGCAGCUCCAGCGAUGAGAUGUACCUAUCGUUAAUAUUGCACUCACGUGCGUGAGAGAGACAACACACAAAACUUUAUCCAUGUAUCGGAAUUAAACAUCCGGGGCGUGCCCCGGGUUGCUAGCUCGACGCGGUAAUUCACUAUGUUUUCAUAUCAGCUAAGCUGACUUUUUCAGAAAUAUAUUAAAGUAUUAAAUAAAUAUAUGGUAAUUAUUAAUGUUACAGGGAUUUUAAUAAAACAAUGUGCCCAUUCAAAAUAACAUAGCAAAUAUAUUUUCCUCAUAUCACUCUCUGUUUUGAACUUGUGUAUUCUUGCCAGUACUCUUUGUUGUGACGCUGUUGUUUUUCACUAUUUUUUUACGUUGGAGGGCGUCAUGUCAGUUUUCGUCGUGCGGGUCUCCAGUAUUAUCUAGUCCAGCGCUGAGAGCAAACAGUCACUUCGAAUUCGUCUAUCAUAGAAAUAAAUUGACAGACUACAAGGUUGGUAGACGUUAUUUCAACAGGUGUAAAUUUCAUCCCUCAGAAUAGUUAUGAACUUAUGGUCUGAUAGUGUUUAUGCACAAAGUAAUGACUCCGCGAGUUGCAUAUUAGUACCAGUGAUUCUAUUUUUAGUUUGUUGACAACGAAAUUUUCGGUUGUCACCAAUGGUUAGAUUUGUAGGUAACGGUAUUUUGAGAUAUGUUUCUACAGCCGUUGUCAUCAGACAUCUUUGUCGGAUAUUAAUUGUGGUUCUGCCAAUAAUUAUCAUGUGAAAAUUAUGUUUAAAUUCAUACUCUGUCUAUGAUAAAUGAUACGCGAGGUAAAACUAGUUGGUCAUACCAAAUUACUGAAAUUAUUAUCUCAAGUCAGAGGAAGUCUAGUAACGUUUGUAUACUUUUUUCACUCUUAAACUAUUAAUUUAGAAGACUGCAAUGGUUAAUAUUAUAUAUUAAUAAUUGAUAUACUUUAUAUAUCGUGAAUACAUUGGAUUGUUUCAAACUCGCUCGACUUCCCAGAUUCUUACUAUAUUCUAUAUUUGCAAGAAAAAAUAUCUGAUAACGAAAAUAGUCACAACAACAAAAGAAAAACUAUUUGAGUCAUUGGAUCUAGGUUUUUCAAAUCUUUGACAAAUAUCUGGAUGACAUUUGGUAGCGAAACGUCAAUUCUUUUCUAUUUGUUUCACGAACGGCUUACUCACACUCCAGACCUUAGACUGUUUAUUUUUUUUAUUGAGACGAAUUUAAAGUGACUCGACGUAUGUAUGGGAUCGAAUGAUUGAAUUUGCAUGUGUCUUAUCUACUCCUUCUGGAAUUAUUUGUCGCCCGCACAAUAUUUAUAAAUUAUUUAUUUUUAUUUAUAUACAUUAUAUUUCCUAUAUAGUCGAUUUUGUGUAUAGAAGUCAUGUUUAUAAGCUGAAAAUGAUAGAUAUGGGAUGUAAAUGUAAAGGAAUUGGAAGAAGUCGUUUAACAACUAGUUGGUGAAUCUAUGAACAACAUUUUUGUUUCCUGAAUGUGUCUAGUACUGAAAUUAGUAUUAUCAAUACUUGAAAAAUCAGAUGUUUUUUUAAUGGCACAAGAUUGUUAGAUUUACGUUAUAUUGUUGAACAAUUGGUUUCUAAUUAUUGGUGAGAUAUUUCCAGUAUCUUAAAUGUUAGCAUGAUUUUCUCCAUUCUUUUACAGACUGUGCUCGGUUUGCGGUACCUAUUCUUUUAUAAUUUGGAGGAUUCCAUUUAGGUGACAUAUAAUUUCAGUGGUUAGUAGAUAGCAUUUUAAAUAAAAAUGUUAGUACACUAUAUUUACGUAUACUACAACUUAAAAAACACUUACGCACGAAGUAUCUCAGGAUAUGCUUUCAUAGGUUUGCGUACUGGUUCGUCUUGGACUCGGACGUCUUCUGUUGUGAAAAUAGUACAUUGUAAUAAAAAAAGAACAUACGUUGUUGGCAUGUUUAUUUCUUUACCACUCAUUGUCUGUACAAGGGCUAAACAUGAAAAAAAAAUUAAAUUUCCCAUUAUCCAUAGCGUUUCAAGGUCAAAUAAUGUCAGACUUCGUAAAACAUUUGGAGAAAUAUUUCUUAUUGUUUAUAUAUAAUAUAUAAUGAACUGGUACGAUUUUGUUCAAUUUUCUUUAUGCACAUAUAUUUCGACUUAAUUUAAAAGAUACCUCAAAACAGCAAAUUAAUUAGAAUAACCAUUGAUAAUUUCAGGUACUUCGUGUGUAAAAUCUCAGAAACCACCUAACUUUAUUAGGGACUACGUAAAAGUAAGUCGUAAAUUUUAUAACGACAAACCACAACAGUCAAGGUGGCUUGCUUAGUUUGAUUACAGCGCAAAUUUAGAUAUUUACAAGUUAAAAACCACACGUAACUCUUGUUUACUGAAGAGUCUUCGUAAUUCUGUAAUGAAAUUAAGUGAGGCAUUUUGUAGAUAAACCGGUUUUCCCGAGAAUCGCAUACAAUGCCACAGGGCGACCAAAACGCUUAACCGGUUUGUCGUUCUAAAAUCGUAUUUUUUGUAAUAACGGAGGACAGUACUCUCAUUAUAUUGAGCGCCAAAAUGGCGCGCAAAGCUAUAUAGCAAUUGUAUACAUUGUACAUAUGAAAAACUGUAAUAUUAUUCUAUAAAGUUAAUAACAAAAGACUAUCAAUUUAAAA